AGAGAGAGAGAGGAAGUCUGUAUGAUGUGUAUAGGCAAUUAGUUAAAAAUAGACUGCCACAAUGUGAGAUUGAGCGGUUAUCACGCUGUUCUGUGUGUGAGACUAUGUGACAGAUGGUGAGACUGAGCCGCUGGAAGCUUUUUGUUUGCAGUACAGAGAUCAUCAAGGACCAUGGCAUACAGUGUCAACAUUUGUCAAAUGGAUUCUAGUUCAGAGUCUGACUUUGAGUCCAUUGGAGAAUGCGGACCAGGUCUGGACACCUUUGAGCUCUUUGGAAAGGCAGCUGCCAGCACCCAGGGUCACAUGAGAGGUGAUACACCCGACGGGGAGCAGAUGACCUCUCUGCAGAGGCAUCACUGGUCGGCUGCUACUUUAAAGGUCCUCUCCGCAAUGCCCAGUCGCACUGCUGGGAUGAAUAGCGCUGCAGUGAUUCCACGUCGUGGCAGAGAGUCAUCACAGCCACAACGACACCAGGCCUCCUCCUGUUCUCCUCACCCCUCCAGAACAAUCCAAGAUGACCUUGAAGAGGCAGAUAUGGAGGAAAGCAGUACUGAAGAAAACAAGAAGCAGCAGCUGGUGCUCGUCCUCAGAGGCCUCUCAGCGAGCGAGGCCAUGCGCAAGCUGCGAGCCACGCCGCUCAGCCUGGGCGCUAAGAUGGACGUCAGGCGACUUGCUUUCAGCGCCGUGGCGGAGAGUUCACUCAUGAGCAGAAAUAUACCAUGCUAUAGACGUCUAAGCUUGUACAUAUCUAGGACUUGGCGUCAUUGCCAGUUCAGCUGCCUCCCCGUCCUCACAUCCAUCCAGUUGUGGCAUUCACCCAUGAAGAGACUGAGCGGGCGCUUCGGAACCGGGGUGCUUUCCUACUUCCUGUUCAUCCGAACCCUCCUGCACUUUAACCUCCUUCUCUUCAUCAUCUUUGGCCUGUUCCUGGUCUUCCCUCAAGCCGUCAACCCUCCUCCUCCUCCUCCUCCUCCUCCUCAUGGCUCUCAUCUCGACACUUUCACUGGCCUUGAGCUUCUCACGGGAAUGGGUUACAUCUCUCAGAGUGUGAUGUUUUACGGCUACUACUCCAACACCAUCCUCAAAACUUGUGAACCUGAAUCACCAGGUUGUGACAAGCCCAGGACAAUGCCAUACAGCAUACCUGCGGCCUAUUUCUUUACCAUCGCCAUCGCCUUCUUCAUUAUUUGCAUCAUCCUCGUGUACAGCAUAUCCAAGUCCUUCGGGAGAAGUUUACAAGUCCUCAAGUCUAAUGGAAACCUGGCUGUAAAAGUUUUCUGCUCCUGGGACUUUAAAGUCAGCAAGAACACAUCUGUCAAACUGCAGUCUGAGAAAAUCAGCACUCAGCUCAAAGAGCUGCUGUCUGAGAUGAUCCGUGGAGAAGAUAAGAAGAGCUGCAUGCAUCGACUCGGCCGCGUAAUGGUGCACCUGAUUGCGUGGACUACGUGUCUGGCCUGCAUCUGUAUGGGUGCCAUGGCAGUCCACUUUUUGUCAGAGACUGCCAUUAACCAGAGGCCUUUCAAAGAAAUGGAGCUGCUGCUCUUGUCUGCAGUGGUAUCCGGCUUUAACCUUUUACUCCCCGGCUUCUUCAACCUGUGUGCUUGGCUAGAGAAUCAUGACUCACCCAGUGUUCGCGUCUAUGUCUCCAUCUUCAGGAAUUUUCACCAUUAUUUCCUCAGAAACCUAUUGUUAAAGGUCAGUAUUGUUGGAGUACUGUGUUUCCGCUGGCUUGGGAGAAUUGCUGUGGAACCAGAAAGUCAUGAUUUACAGUGUUGGGAGAGCUUUGUGGGGCAAGAACUGUACCGCUUGCUCCUGAUGGACUUUGUCUUCACAGUGCUUUACACUAUUUUGGGAGAGUUCCUGUGGAGGCUCUUCUCUAAGAAAAUACUGAAAAGGAACAGGAUGCCAGUGUUUGACAUUGCUCGUAAUGUGCUGGAACUCAUAUACGGACAAACCCUUACUUGGCUCGGGGUUCUGUUUGCGCCUCUGCUUCCUGCAGUCCAGAUCAUUAAACUGUUUGUGUUAUUUUACAUGAAGAAGAGCAGUCUAAUGCUCAACUGUCAGGCUUCCAAAAAGCCCUGGAGGGCCAGUCAGAUGACAACCCUUUUCAUCUCUCUUUUGUGCUUCCCCUCGUUUCUUGGCGCUGCUGUGUCUGUGACUUACACAAUUUGGACGAUUAAACCCUCAUCAAAUUGCGGCCCCUUCAGGAACCUCACCACAAUGUUUCAGUCAGGGCAGCUGUGGGCACAGGAGCUGGAGAACGCUCACCCGAUCCUGUCUUGGCUGAGCUGGGCCUACAACGCUCUGCUGGAGAACCCACUGUUCUUAUUCCUCGCCAGUGGAGUCUUUCUAUUGGUGAUAUAUUUUCACACUCAAGUUAUUGAUGGCCAAAGGAAGGUCGUCAGUCGGUUAGAAAAGCAAAUUGAAAAUGAGGGUAAAGACAAAAAGUUUCUCAUCACCAAUUUGCAAGCGCUUUAUGAACGGAGUGGUCUGGUUUCCCCUCAUAGAUAAGACUGUGGCUGAACAACAUUCACAACAAAGGCUGUUGUGAUGGAAAUAUAUGAUCUUAUCAGUGAUACACAUCUGUGCUGUGAUAGAUGGUUGGCAGCAUUAUUAGGAAAUCUGGAAUGUCACCAACAAGCUAGCAUGAGAAUGAAACUCAAAGCAAAACCAGUAACAGGAUUAACAGUGUUAUUUUCAGAUUAUAAACUCGAUAAAGUUUAAAUGUAAAUGAACUGGAGGAACACAAAGUAAUCAUUGCUGUAUGCACUGUAUUUUAUUUAUUUAUACAUAUAGCACCUAUAUUUUUUUUGUCACUCUGGUAAAAGUUUAUUAAAAAAUGAUCUUGAAGGUGUUGUCUAGAAAAUAAAUUACU